AAUGACGCGCCCGCCCGCCCAACUCAAAGGUCCGCCGCUGGGUUUCUUUUCUGAAAUGAAAAGGCGCGCAUCCCGCGCCCCACCACCCCUCAAGAAAGCGCAGUGCUUCUCCUACUCUGGACAGCAGGAGGCGCGCGAGAGUGUGUGGAAAAGCUCAGAGGCUGGGACUGAGGCUGCGGCGGCGGAGGAGGAUCCCGAAACGCGCGAGGUACCGCCCCACGCACGCACUGCAAAGUCAGUUGAAGAAGAGAAGAAGGGAAAGGGCGGAAGGAGGAGGGACAGAUAAGCUUCCCUAAGCAUAUCAGUCUAAUGACAGAAGGAAAGUCAGAGCAUCACAGAUUUUUCAUUAUGAGCGUGGACUGGCUUGGCUUUGGAUAUGCUGCGAUUGUGGCUCUUGGAGGUGCUGUAGGAUAUAUCCGCAAAGGCAGUAAAAUCUCUCUGAUUGCUGGCCUCUUCUUUGGCUUGAUGGCUGGUUAUGGAGCAUAUUGCGUAACUCAUGAUCCCAGAGAUGUAAAGAUAUCAUUGUUUACAGCUUUUCUUCUGACAACUGUAAUGGGAGUGAGGUUUAAGAGGACCAAGAAACUAAUGCCAGCUGGAAUCAUAGCAGGUCUAAGCCUUCUGAUGAUUCUGAGGCUUGUCCUUCUCCUGGUAUGAGAAACCAAAGCAGCAAGAAACAACAUUAGUAUAAUUCCACAUGAACAAGCAAAGAUUUCUUUGUACUUUGAAUGUCUUUGUAGGAAGAUCAUGCAAUUUUUUGUCAAUGACUACAGCGCAAGUUAGUUUUUUGUUAAUUUGGAGCUCUUCAAGUUGUAUCAUUGUUUUCUUUAAGUAAUGUUUUCUAAAGCUGUAAUCCUAUUCCCUUGGAGCAAUUGAACUCAGUGGCAUGCAUUUCUGAGUGGAAAUGUAUAAGAUUGCACUAUUAAGUGAUUUUUGUUGACAUCUGUGUUCUUGUUUAGACAAGUGAUUGGCUUGUCCUUUUAAUUAUUAUUGUGAUUUUGAUUUUUUGUGGGACAAGGAGCUUUCAGUGAUACCUGCUCCAACAGUAGAGAGUACUCCAACAGGAAUAAGGGGAGUCACAGGACCAUUGAAACUCAGACUCAUGUAGUGGUACAUACUUUUAAAUUAAUCUUCAGUGCCGAAUGAUAACUUUGCAGAUCAUAACAUGGAGCAUUACAAACUUAUGCAUACAUAAAAUAUUAUAUGGAUCUUGUUAAUAUUGUACUGAAGCGCACUAAUUAACAGAUUAGUAAGAGACAUAUCUGACCCAUAUAGCACUAAAAACAUUUUUUUAGUUCUGAAACAAAGAAAAGCUUUAUUUCCUCCUGAAAUCCAGAAGUCAAACUGCCAAAUCUAAAAUAAAGGAGUUUAAUAUAUUGAA